UUCAACAUAUUUUCUUCCCUGCUAAAAUUCAUAUGAAGAUCUGGGUUAUUGAUGUUAAAGUGUCUUGUUUCAGGAUCAUGAGAGUUUUGUAGUCAAAUCUAUGAUAAAGGUAUCUUCUUUCUGUUUCUGAAAUGAUUAUAUUGCACCAUGGAAGAGAAGGGACGAAAACAAGAACAAUUCUCUCCUAUGUUUCUUUCAUAUUAUCUAGAAACAUAUCUACCAUGAAUCCUCAUCCUAUCAAAACUCCUAUUAAUGUCGCUUCUCAUCUUGGCAACUCCUUGGUUGUGGCAUUUGUUGUCAAAGCUCUGUGUAGAAACGGAGGAGUGCGUAAUCUUGAAAGAGAAGAAAUUCCAAUCUCUGAGGAUCUUGUUCUCCAAAUUCUUCAAAGAAAUACUCUUGACAUUGAAAAGAAGGUGAAUUUCUUCAAAUGGUGUACACUCAGGCCUAAUUACAAACACUCAUCCACAACUUACAAACUGAUGCUCAAUUCAAUCUCUAGAUUCCGUGUACAUCAUCAAGAUAUCUUUGAUAUUCUAACAUCUAUGAAGCGAGAUGGGUAUGAUCUUGAUCAUCCAACCUUUAAAUUGCUUUUGAAUGCUUUUCUAAAAUCAGAUAGAUUUGAUUCAGCCUUAGAAAUUUUAGACCAUGUUGAAGAAGAUUUUGGAAAAGUUACUGCCUCUUUCAAUCCUGAACAUUAUAGUUUCGUUCUUGUCGCCUUUAUACGUAAAGGGCAGGUUAACUCUGCAUUAUCUAUCUUCUUUAAGUUUCAAGAUAAAUUGCCCGAUGCUAUUGUUUGCAAUGAAUUACUUGUUGCACUUAGAAAGGCUAACAUGAAGAAGGAAUUCAUCCAAGUUCUUGAUAAAUUAAGAAAUAAUAAAGAGUUUGGAUUGGAUUUGUGGGGAUAUAAUAUAUGUAUCCAUGCUUUUGGUUGUUGUUGGGGUGAUCUUGGUAUGUCACUAACCCUCUUUAAAGAAAUGAAGGAUAAGAGUAAUAAUUCAAUUGCUCCUGAUUUGUGUACAUAUAAUAGUCUCAUUCACGCUCUUUGUCUUUCUCGUAAAGUUGAAGAUGCAAUCAUUGUUUGGGAAGAACUUAAGGAAUCAGGUCACGAACCUGAUAAUUACACCUACCGAACUUUAAUUCAAGGCUGUUGUAAAUCCUAUAGAAUCGAAGAUGCUUCGAAGAUAUUUAGUGAGAUGCAUAAUAAUGGACUGCGUCCCGAUACAGUGAUUUAUAACUCUUUGUUAGACGGGUUGUUUAAGGCAAAGAGGGUUACGGAUGCAUGCGAUGUGUUUGAGAAAAUGAUUGAGGAAGGCGUGAGGGCAUCUUGUUGGACUUACAAUAUUUUGAUCGAUGGAUUGAUAAAGAAUGGAAGGGGUGUGGCUGCUUACACGAUGUUUUGUGAUUUGAAGAAGAAAGGGUCGUUUGUUGAUGGGGUGACUUAUAGCAUCUUGAUAUUACAGUUUUGUAAGGAAGGUCAAAUAGAGGAAGCGUUGAAGCUGACAGAUGAAAUGGAACAGAGAGGUUUCGUUGUUGAUUUGGUCACAAUUACGUCGCUUUUAAUUGAGCUAGUUAGGGAAGGAAGGUGGGAUUUGAUGAAGAGGCUGUUGAAGCAUGUUCGAGAUGAGAAUAUGUUGCCUUCGUUUUUGAAAUGGAAAACUAACAUAGAUGCUUUGAUGAAGAGUUCUAGGAUCAAAAGGAUGGAUUUAACAUCGUUAUUUUCAUCUGAAAAUGGUUUAGCUCCUUACUUAAGUUCUUCAAAUGAACCGCCUUCGGCGGUUGUUGAUGAAGAGGUGAAUCCUUGGUCGCCAUCCCCACACAUGGACCGUAUAUCGAACAACUAUUGUUCUAAUCUUACGAGAGGCAAACGAGUUCAACCUAAACACGAAGACUCUUUUGACACAGAUAUGGUCAACACAUACUUGUCCGUAUUCCUAGCCAAGGGCAACUUGAGUUUAGCGUGCAAAUUGUUUGAGACGUUUACUGACAUGGGUUUAAACCCAAUCGGCUACACUUACAAUUCCUUUAUGUCAGCUUUCGUGAAGAAAGGAUAUUUCGACGAGGCUUGGGGCGUGCUUCACGAGAUGGGUCAGAAAUUAUGCCCUGCAGAUAUAGCAACCUAUAACGUGAUUAUCCACGGUUUGGGAAAGAUGGGGAGAGCCGAUCUAGCGUGUGUGGUUCUCGAUACAUUGACGAAACAAGGUGGUCAUCUCGAUGUGGUCAUGUAUAACACAUUGAUUAAUGCUUUAGGAAAGUGUGGGAAGUUAGACGAAGCGAAUAAACUUUUUGAGCAGAUGAAAUCUAGCGGGAUAAAUCCAGAUUUGGUAACUUUUAACACGAUGAUUGACAUUUAUGGAAAGUCUGAUCGGGUGCAAGACGCUCAUAGGUAUUUGAAGAUGAUGUUGGACGCCGGGUACUCGCCGAAUCAUGUUACUGAUACCAUCUUACAAUCUUUGGAGAAGAAAUAGUGAAUUUUUUAUAUAUAUUUUUAGUUAGGAUGUUAGUUUUAUAAGUUGAAUGUUUUUUUAGGACCCAAUAGCUUCAACUUUAAUCUAUGUGAAGUCUCUUUGGGUUUUAGUUUAGUUAAAUGAUGAAAGACUCAACUAUUAUUAUAAUUAUAUGGUUUGGGUUUUAGUUUA